UCUCUUACUCCUUCUUCUUCUUCUUGUGUUAAGAAAAAUGUCAGACCCUGUUUAUAUCGAUGCCGCAUUGCCUUCAUCAAAGCCAUUCCAAGUCUAUUUCUUCAUGAAAAACAAGUACGUGAGGCUGUAUUACACUCCCGGAGCAUUAGGUGAUGAACUUAUGACUCCUCUUGAAUUGGUUAGUGCUGGUUUUCCAUCACUUGCAGGAACGCCGUUUGCAGAACAAGGAAUAGACUGUUCCUUCAACACUGAAGGCAGUGAAGCAUAUAUCUUCUCAGACAAGAACUGUGCCUACAUAGACUAUGCUCCAAACACAGGAAACGACAGGAUCCUCGUAGGUCCUAUCACAAUCGCUGAAAUGUUUCCCGACCUAACAAACACGGUGUUUGCUGAGGGCGUGGACGGUGCAUUUAGGUCAAGCAUAGGGAAAGAAGUUUACAUAUUCAAGGGAGCGAAGUAUACUCGCAUUACUUAUGAUACCAAUAAGCGUAUUAUCGACAUUCUUGACAUCACCGAAGGGUUCCCUGUUUUGAAAGGUACGAUCUUUGAAAAUGGAAUUGAUGCGUGUUUUUCUUCUCAUUUGGAGAAUGAAGUUUACCUUUUCAAAGGAGAUCACUAUGUGCGUAUGAAAGUCACCCCACAUGAAACUAAUGACACACUUGUGAGUGCUGUGACUCCUAUCGUUGAAGGUUGGCCACCCCUUAAAGGCAUUUUGCCAGUCACCGAAUGAAGGGAUUCACUAUCAUGAAUCACCAAAAAUGUCAUAAUAUGUUGCAAAUAAGGUUUUCAUUGCCAAAGUGUGUUUCUUUCUCUUUAAUAUGUAACAUUAGGAUUAUAGGAUCUUUUCCUAAUGUUACAAGUCUGGAUGUUCGUUUUCCUUUUCUGUAAGUGAUUGUUUCUUUCCUAUCUUUAUGUAAUUUGUAUGCUUAAUU